GCCUCCUUAUGGGUGAGUCUGCCUUACUGUGGGCGUGUCUCACCCCUACCCCCACCCUGCCCUGGGCCUGCCUGCAGAUGACUGCACAUAAGCCGCUUACCCGCUUGGGAUAAAUUUCAGAUGCCCCAGGGAGAACCACGCUGGUGCCCAGUGAUACCCGCCCCGCCCAGCCCCCAGCACCGUGGUGAACAUGGAGCCAGCCAAGGCUGAGAUCCGGUCGGCCACCCGGGUGGUUGGGGGGCCCGUCACCCCCAGGAAAGGACCUCCCAAGUUCAAGCAGCGGCAGACCAGGCAGUUCAAGAGCAAGCCUCCCAAGAAAGGAGUCCAGGGGUUUGGGGACGACAUCCCUGGAAUGGAAGGCCUGGGGACAGACAUCACGGUCAUCUGCCCCUGGGAGGCCUUCAACCACCUGGAGCUGCACGAGCUGGCACAGUAUGGGAUCAUCUAGACGCUCCCCCCCACG